AUGCACUUCAAAAAUGAACGCCGUUUCUAUUAUAAGCGUCUUUCGCAGUCGGCAAGAUCGGAGGGCGAGUCGUCAGGGGAGCAGUCGUGCGAUAGCUCCGACGAGGGCGUGGGCCGCGACGCCCCGGUGCCUAGGAAUCAACUACAUAUGAAGCACACGGUCCGUGACGACUUUGAGUCAUUGAAGACUUCGCUCCACCCGCACCUGUCGUCUCUGGCGUCGCUGGCUCAGGGGGCGCCCCUCUCGGCGCCUAGCAGUGUGUUCGCGUUGGCAGGGGCGGGGGCGACGGGGGGCUUCCCCUACGCGCCCCCCGCCUUCCUCGCUCCCGCACCCCCUCCUCCGGCGCAGCCCGCCGGCUCUGCGUCCUCAUCCUCAUCGGAAGGCAGCGCCGCCGGCUGGAGCUUCGAGGAGCAGUACAAGCAGGUCCGUCAGGAGUUCGUUACGUUUGCUCGUUUUCGACGGGCUCCGCGCUCGAUACCUUUCACUGCGCCAUACGGCGCGGGUCACGAACUCGGCGCCUUCGUCCGGCACGCGUUGACGUGCCGCACCGCACAAUGGAACCGCGCGCACACAAUGGAGCCGCGCACGCCCAAUGCCCCGCCG